AAACCAAAAAAAAAAAAAUGCCAAAAUGAUGUUUUGGUUUUGAUUGAUUGAUCGUGCCGCGGGUGCAUCUUGUUUAUUCAAUAAUUUUAAUUAAACGCCUAAAACAGCCAUAAACGUGUUACACUUCUCGCCGCGGCUAAUCGAUACCGCAAUGGAAACGAAAAAACCCGCCGCAUUCUGGUGGAUGAAAUCAACCCCCAAAGAAACACCCCCGGAGACCCAUCAGGUCCCAAAACUGGAUUUAAAAAGUGCUAAUUCCAUCACUAGUUUAACGGAUUUAUUGCAAGACGAGAAGGAUCCUGGGGACUAUGAAGUAGAUGUGGACAGUAUUUUGGAGGAAAUUAGUAGGGUGGCAGCGCAAAGCCCUUUAGGCCCCUUCGAGAAAAGUGUGGGGGAAAGAAGUAUUGAAGACAUAAUGAAAGAAACUGAGAAAGUUUACAUGGAAAGCUCUAAAAGUUUCGAGCAGCUCAGCCAGAGGUCCAAAACCUCACAAAACAUUUCGGAUUUACUUAGUAGCAAUUCAAAUAUUUCUACACCGACUCCUAAGAGUGUUAGUCCUUUACCAAUGGACCCCGGAGAUAAAGAGGAACUUAAAGAUUAUAAUUCUGAUUAUAGUGAUGAUUUUUCUACCGAUAGUAAAACUGAGUCAGAAAAAUCUCACAAAAGUUCAGCCCAACUAGACAAACUCUACGACGCGAUGGAGAAUAAUGAGAAGAGCAGCAGCAAAUCGUCCACAUCCUCUUUAGGUAUCACCGAGCAGCAAAACAAACUGGCCAACACCCUGUCCAAAACAUCAAAAUCACUCAGUUUGAUCAAAAGCUCGUUCAAACUUCCCGUCACUUCACCUAUGGCCUCGAUAAAUGCCACUCCGAGGGGCCCUAGUCCUAAAAGUGACUCCUCAAAACCUCAAAGUCCCGGAAGUCCGUUUUUAAGUACCAAUACUAGUCCAGUGAAGGCCCCUAGUCCCUUAGAAACCCCUAAGGUAAAACUAACUGAAGCCAGAAUAGAUAUUAUUGCACCCACAGAAAAACCGCUUGGUUAUGAGCAGGGAAAUUUAAUAGUGGAUGAUCAGAAAGUGAGCGAAUUGCGGCAAGAGGUUGAGAUUAGAAAUAAAUUAAUUAAAACACUGGAGGAGGAUAAUGAAGGAUUGAGGAGUGACAUUAAAACCCUAAGGGGCGACUUGGAAACAACCCACGCCCUAAUACAAAGACUAAAGUCAGAGCUAACAGCCAGAACGUUAUCCUCUCCGGAAAUCAACUUGGAACUGGAAAAGGCCCUCGAGGAACUGAAAGACUCCAAAGAGAUCAACACUUCUCUGCAACUCCAGUUGGACACGGUAAACAAAUCGCAUCAACUUCUAAAAGGCUCCUACGACGACCUGUUGGCCUCCAAUAAGAAUUUAGAACGAAAAAUGGUGGAGUUCGACGCCACCUUAAGCAAAUACAAGACGGAGCUGUUGAAUUUACAGCAAGCGAAGACGAAACUGCUGGACAACGAGGCGAACCUAAACAAACUAUUGGAAAUCGAAAAACUGCAAAGCAAGAGCCUGAAGCUACAAAACGAGAAAGACUCCAAGUCUAUACAAGACUUGAACAGACAAAUUAAGGAGAUGGAACGGAUUAUUGCUAGGAAACAUCCGGAUUCUGUGUCAGGACUAAUUGUUAGCAAACAAACUACUAGCGACACCACCGACCUGACAGCGAGAAAACUCCUCGAAGACCGCAUCAAGGCGCUGGAACAAGAAGCGGCUAGCAGAGACUCGCAAUCCUCAAAAGUCUUCCUGGAAAUCCAAGAGAAAUUCAGCCAAAUGAAGAACAAAUACGAGAGCCACAUAGAAGAUCUCGAGUUGCACGUGAACGACCUUAAGGAGCAACUGAAAAAGAAGAUCGACACCUACGACGUGUACACCCAAACGUUUUUUAACGAAAAAAUAGCGAAAAAGGAAACGUUCACGAUAGCAAUCCAGACUGACGUGGUUCCAAAGCAAAGGCCACCAUUAGUAUCCGCGAAACGGCCUGCGUCAGACAAGGAGGGACAUAAGGAGGAUGCCCACCUAAUGGCCACCAUAAGGGGAUUGCAAGCCGACCUGACCAACAAAGAGAAAGUGAUUCAGAAAAUGCAAAAGGAGAUAGACGAGCUGAGAAAGACCAAUAGGAGGCUGCAGAAGGAGAGGGAAGGGAGUUUGAGGAACUUAAGCGACAGAAAGGACUUUAGGAGUUAUCCUGAAAGAUUGGCGAGUCAGAGUAGAGCUGAUAGUGUACAGGAUAUAAGGAAGGAGGAGGAGCUUCAACAGUUGAAGGUCGAAAGGGACAGACUGAAGCAGCAGCUGUCCCGGUUGGAGAGCGAGUUUCAAGGGUUGAAGAAGAAACGUUUGGAUGAUUUAACGGCCCUUCAAGAAGCCCACGAACGCGAAAUAAGCAACUACGUAUCAAGCGUGACCCCACUCCGAGAACAAUUAGAACUCCACCAAGUAACAAUCAACACCCUCCAGAGUCAACUCACCAAAGCCAAAGAAGAACUCGCGGUGCUCAGUGUGGAAAGGGAUCACCUAAACACCCGAUUAAUAAGCAAUUACGGUGGAGCAGGAGAUGGACUUGAAGUGGACGCCUUACGUAAAAAGAUAACGUUCUUGGAAAAACGUUAUGAGGAACGUGAGUAUCGACUGAGGGCGAUCGUGCAAAGUUUAGCGCAGAAAACUGUAAUGAAUCGCAGUUGCGAGCAGUGUGCCGAAAGGCAACAGCAACUGAUCGGGUAUAAAGUCGAGCUGGACCAGUUGCUUGCUACCGUUAGGGCUCUUAAGUAGUCUAAAGGUCGUAGAGAGUUAAUUCUUGUUCGUAGAAUAGAACCGUCAGCUUUAUUUUAAAUAUUCCUCCUGUUAUAUACCAAAGAAAGUUUGUUUUUUUUUUUAAUUAUUAUUUAUAGUUUUAUAUGUUUUAAUAAAUGUGUGUACGACGCACGUGUUUUAGAGAA